CCGGUCGUCACAAUGCCUCCCCCGUACAAGUGAUGCAAGGCUUCGGGUGCCAUUGUAGCACAGUGCCGUUGACCUCUACCGUGAAGGUCAUGUAGCAACAUGCGACUUUAUGCACGAAAACAAGCUCGGCCAGAUCACCAGCUCGUGGUCUCAAGUGCCACUCGCCUCCUCUGACUGGUGGGCCCGCGGAAGGAACACCUCCAGCCAUCAGGAGGGUUCCGUGGCCACAUUGACGGAUUCGGCAAGCCAACUGCUAUAUAAGACGUAGACAUGGCCCGCUGUCUAGAGGGAAGGCUCACUGGGAAAUUCCAAGGAACCUCUGGUGUUCAUCCCAAGGCAUUGCGACUCUUUGCUACGCAUCAGAGUGUUUGUGUGAACCUUUUCUCUGAGACUUCAUAUCUAUUCCACCUCAGGCCGGCUGGAGACGACCUCAUCACUCUGACAACACUUCCCCCCUUACGGCUACUAGUACUCUACACUGCCCACCAUGUCGUUUCACGCGACCUCAUCUCUCUCAGAAGGGGACCAAGUCCUCUUUAACAAAUACGGAAAAGGACCAACAGUUCCCCUUCCUCAUACCACCAUCACAGACGCAUUCCAGGCAACUGCCGCAGCGUACCCGUACGCUACGGCAGUCCGGGAAUGCUUCGACGCCGAGAGAACUUGGACAUACGCCGAGUUGGACGCACGCUCCAACGUGAUAGCUAACUAUCUCGUUCAAAAUCAUGGAGUGGGCCCCGGCCAGAGGGUUGUCUGCGUAUAUUCUAGGUCAGCCGAGAUGUGCGCCUUCAUCCUUGCCGUCUUAAAGUCGGGGGCGCAAUAUGUCCCGAUCGACGGCGCUGUGAUGGUGGAGGAUAGUCUGAGGCACGUCAUAGGUGACUCGGGGGCGAACGUCGUGCUUUGCUUCUCUACCUUCAAGGAUAAGGUUGAGAGGAGCAUGCCAGUUGGGAGCUCUGCCAAGGUCGCCGCCUUUGACGCCGCAGACACAAUCUGGACGACUGGAGACACCCGGGGGUUGAAUGUCAAUAUUCGGCCGCAAGAUGGCGCCUAUGUUAUUUACACAUCUGGCACAACCGGGAAGCCAAAGGGCGUGGACUGCAGCCACAUGAACCUCUGCAAUACCCUGCUCAACGAGCCAGGCAAGCUCGGCAUCACGGUUGGCACCCAGGUUGCCUGCGUCCUGAUGCUGAGCUUCGACCUCUGUGCCUGGGAGAUUAUUGCGACGUUGAUGAACGGAGGCACCCUGAAUCUGCGAGGGCCCUCCCGUAGAGGAGGCGACCGCGAGAUUUGGAAUGCAUGCUUAAGCCGCGUCGACGUUGUCAUCAGCACGCCAACUGGGGCCCAAAAAUACUUCCCCAAGCGGUCCGAAUUCCCAAACAUCAAAACGAUCGUCGUGGGAGGGGAGCCUUGCCCAGUCUCACUUGCUGAGGAAUGGUCUCCUCACGUCAAGUUCUACAACAUAUGUGGCCCUACUGAGAUUACGAUCCUGAACACUGCUCAACUCCACGAGCCAUGCACAAAACUCACUAUCGGCAAGCCAAUUCCCAACACCAACGUGUACAUCUUGGACGACUCGCUGAAUCCCGUGCGGAUCGGUGAGAUUGGCUUGAUGUGGGUCGGAGGACUCAGUGUCUCCAGGGGCUAUGUCAACCUGCCUGAGCUUACAGCCCAGAGAUACCAGCCAGACAAGUUCGCGAGCGACGGCAGCAUGAUGUUCAAUACGGGGGAUCUUGGACGCUGGCUUGGAAACGGCGAGCUCGAGCCGCUGGGCCGCAAGGACGACCAGGUCAAGAUCAAGGGAUUCCGCGUGGAACUCGACGGUGUCUCUGCCACCAUGGAGUCCUUCCCAGGCGUCGAAAAGGCGGCUGCCAUCAAGAUCGGCGAGCUGCUCUGGGGAUUUUACAGCGCCCCGGGCAUCGUGGACGAGGUUGCUCUGAAGGCCCACCUUGCGACGCGCCUUAACCACUACGCCCUGCCUUCCAAGCUUGUCCAUAUGACGGCUAUGCCAAUGACCCCCGGUGGCAAAAUCGACAAGAGAACCCUCAAGGAACUCGGUGCUGCCAAAGAGACCGAGGUUAUCAAGCCACCUCAGGAUAUCCCGACGCCACCACCCACGGUAUAUUCGCAAGAGACAACAGUUGGGCUGUACAAGCCGGAGACCGUGGAGAAGAGCCUCGAGCGCGGCUCGAUCACGGAGAUGGAGAGCGUCAACGAAAAGGAGAUAGAGCUACCAACCAAGAAUGGCUUCCACGGACAGAGGUGGUUCCGCCACAAGGCCCUGUCCGCUUACCGGAAGCUGUUCCUCGUUAUCUUCAGCAUCAACCUCAUCGCAUUCAUUGUUAUGCUCGUCAACGCGCCGAGCGAAGGUCUACCGGUCAACAACCUCGCCACCGCGGUCGCAGCCAAUCUCCUGGCGUCGGUACUCUUCCGCCAGGAAUACGUCGUCAACUUUGUCUUCUGGCUCGCAACUCGCUGCCCUACCUCUGCACCGCUCUGGCUCCGCCGCCACCUCGCCCGCUGCUACCACAUGGGUGGCAUUCACUCGGGCGCCGCGGUGACAGCCACGCUGUGGUGGGUCGUCUUCUCCUGGCAGUCGACCAUCUACUUCGCCCAGGGCAGUGAAAAGUACCCCAUCAACAGCGCGACAGUCGGACUCACCUUCACCAUCCUGAUACUGCUUAGCUUCAUCCUCGUCAUGGCGUACCCGACGAUCCGCCCCAAGUUCCACGACCAAUUCGAGUGGACUCACCGGUUCGCAGGCUGGACCACCCUCGCGCUUGUCUGGGCGCAUAUUGUCGUCUCGACCGCCUCUCUCACACCGGCGGGCGUCCCACUGGGCGGCGAGUUGCUGCGCAGCCCUGCGAUCUGGCUGGUCACCCUGACGACGCUCUCUAUCGCGCUGCCGUGGCUUCGACUGCGCAAGGUCAACGUCGUCGUCGAGCCCCUGUCGAAGCACGCGGUCCGGCUGUACUUUGACUUCUGCACGCCGCCUCCCGGCCGGGCUGUCCGCAUCACCGACAACCCAAUGAGGGAGUGGCACGCGUUUGCCACGGUGACUGUUCCGAACAAGCCGGGAUUCAGCAUCGUUGUCUCGCGGGCUGGUGACUGGACCGGCCGCACGAUCGAGAACCCGCCCACGAGGAUUUGGACUCGUGGCGUCCCGGCCUCUGGAGUCCUGCGCAUGGCACCCCUAUUCAACAAGAUCGUGCUGGUUGCCACUGGGUCGGGGAUUGGACCUUGCCUGCCAGUAAUAAUGGCAAAGAAAGUGCCUUGCAGGAUCUUCUGGUCCACUCCCGCUCCAGAAAAGACUUUCGGCCGCAAGAUCAUCGAUGCCAUCUACGAGACUGACCCCGAAGCAGUGGUGUGGAACACGCGUGAGCAAGGGCGCCCCAACAUGGCGCUCGAGGCAUACAAGCUCUACAAGGCGAGCGACGCCGAGUGCGUCUGUAUCAUUAGUAAUGGCCCUGUCACUUCGAAGCUGGUGUAUGACCUCGAGUCAAGGGGGAUACCCGCCUUUGGCCCGAUCUGGGAUUCAUGA